UUCGGUUUUCAGCUGGUCCAAAAAAUCACUUUUAUGAACGGUUGUGAACGUGAACAGAUGUUGUAAUACAGAAGUGGCAGAAAAAUGAUGCCGCCUUUGACUUGUUCGUUCUACCAUGUCUUCUCUUGUUACUGACCGAAUGCAGGACAACAUAUUUGAUCCCUGUACUCCGUAACAAGCACCAACUUCGAGGUUCAGGAACAGAUCAAAGGAAAAGAUCCAAACAAAGAAGACCCCGCCUCCAUCGAUAUGGCCCACAGUCCUGCUCAAGGGCGGCGCCACGCACCUCCCUGGCAAGCAAUGACAGCUUGAAGACUCGCAGGUAGUCGAUAUGACAGGUCUUACGCUACCACCGCUGGGCCCUGGCAUGCCCACCGAGACUACGUUAGGUUGUGCACGCUACUGAUCAUCGACUGAACGGGAGCAUCAUCCUUGUGUCAGGGACUCAGGGUAUUGCGUACCUGUCUUGUCUUUGAGCAAUACCCAUACUUUGUUCCUCGACCCCUUGAUUUUACCCUUCCUGGGUCUCCUCCGUCCAUUUACACCCUAUUACUAGUCCUCGAAAACCAUAAAUCCCUUGCUACCCCCACAGCUUCAACAGCUCGUGCCUUUCCAAGCUUUAUAAUACAUUGCUCGUGACUUGAAUUUUUAUUAUAUAUUGCCUACCCUCAGAAUCAUUCUUCUCUUACACGAAGCUGUCAACCCAAGAUAUGACCUCCAUCAUGGCCCUUCAUCAAGAUAUUCUACCCAUCCCCUCGCCCUCCAUGCUGUACGAUGGAGACCAAUAUCAUGAUACAGUCUCGUUGCAGCCGGAACUAGAAUGUCAGGCUGUAAACGAAACCCUCGAGCCUGUUGGGCCUCUGGUCUUGUCCAGUGCAUUCAGAGCUCAGAAAGUUCCUGGCACUCGAUGUCCUACCUGUGCCUUAGCUGGCAAAGAAGUUUGGGUAAUUCCUGGCCGCUGCUGCGGGUACUGCGGUACUCCUUGUGUCGACUAGAUCUAUCCCAGGGUCGAGUUUUGGCUGCUUCUACCCUGUUUCAAAACUUGCCCCAAAGCACAAUGCCAAGAUGUUGUUGAGCACUUCUCGCCGCUGGGAACCACAGGACUGUGGAUCUCAAAUGUCAGCUGAACAUGGCAUGAGAUAUCAUAUGCCCUUUUUCGUUAGCAUGGAUGGGCAAGAAAGUUUAUUCCGACUAGAGGGAUCUACGACAAGUCAAGAGUGACACUUGUUGAAGCACUUCAGCCAGCUCACGUCGUGAAAUGGAAGACUCCACGAUCUCUGAUUGGCACAGCGGCACUCGGACCUAUUGUUACGUCGUCGUCGAACAUGUCUUGGAAUGCGAGGGCCCAGGGGUAUGAUUUGGGUCUUGUCAGCCAUUUUCUGCCACUCCCCACUGAUUCAACGGGCACCUUCAAACAGUGCUCGUGCGCGUUGGUUGAUCACGAAUCAUGGCAAUCUCCGAGUCAUGCUUAAAGUUGAUAUAUGAUACAAGAAAAACUCAUGGGUCGGUCCAAGGCAUUGCCAUAGGCCAGAGCAGCCCAACCAGGAUGUCGGGAGUGACUCGGAUCAGCCACCUUGUCACUUCGACGAAUCUCGAGGGCAGCCACAUGAGGUGCAUCAGAUAGUCGAGAAUCAUUUACCGAUGGCUUUACUGGGGUCCAGGAUUAGGUGCAUAGCCCAACCAAUUCUUGGGUACGCGAAGGAUUUGACAUGGCACUGGAAGUAAGAGCUAGACGCAAUAAAUCGUCAAUAUCUCGAAAUCGAUAUAUCUCAAUAAUAUUCUUAACUUUUUAUGCGAAGUCAAA